AUGGACGAACAGCAGCAAAGACGCAUAUUGAGCUGGCUAGAAGAAGAUUCUGAUGACAUUCGCGGUGGUCAUGAUGAGGAAAAUGAAACCGGAAUGUUUUCUGAUCAAGUGAGUGAGCAUGACACUGAUUCGGAACAAGAAUGUGACGACGAUUUGCAUCAGGUAUUUUCUAAUUAUGACGAAUCUUUGGAAAUGCCAAACGAAAAGCACUUGCGUUUGGAAUUGGUGAACGAAUCUAUGGAAGUUCUCGAAUCUUUGCGUUCAGUGAUGGAGAUGAAAAACCAUUGA